CCUGCUCUGGGAAGGAGGGGACUAGCAGCGAUAGCAUUUCUAACCGGGCUGUCAGCAUCACCAACGCUAGAGCUCAGCACCAUGGAGGAAAAAGCGUAGGAUUACAAAAUAAGGAAAAGGGGCAAGAAUUCUCUAGGGCAACUGGGAGUUAAAGCGCAAGUGGGAGAGGGGUCAGAAGCUGUUUAGUCGCCACCAGUAGCGGCAGCAACAUCAUGGGGAACGAAGGUAGUAUAGAAGGAGGGGAAGGGAUGGGUGGAUUAGCAGAGGGGAUGGCAGCGGAUAGCAGAGUGGGUUUUGCUCAGAUCCCUGCAGGAAUGGAGGCUCAGUGGGGGAAGCUGAGCGAAGAAGAGAGAAAACAGAUCGUCGCUGUGAUGUCACGGGCGCAGGAUCUGGGAAAAGGGAGCGACACGGACCGUCCAUUACCAAGAAGCCCUAACCAGUCUCCAAGACAUCCAAGCAAACCUCCAGAUCCAGGGCCUACUGGCCUAACUAAGAGCAGAACAGUAGAUGCAUUCAAAACAGAGGUGAAAGCACCAGGCAGAAGUCUUUCAACUAUCAGCUUAAAAGAACCCAGGUCAAAACCAGAUAUUAAAGAGGAGCAAAAGCCAAGUAUGAUGAGUAAUUUUCUUACAGACAGUAACCCAUUAAAUGUAGUUACUUCUGUUGUAAACAAAUUCAGUCCCUUUGAUCCAAAGUCUGAUCUCGGAGCCCACCAGGAGGAUACUAGUGGGAAACAAAAAUCUGAACAUGAAAAUACAAAGGAUGGCAAAGGAAAUAUAAUGCCUUCACAACAUCAGCAGCAGUCAGCAAAAGCUGCACAACAUAAAGGGCAAACUACAUCUACCACCGUACCAUCAGUCACUCAGCAACAACAGUCAAGUAAGCCUGCACAGCUGCAGUCUGAGACCAAGCCAAUUUCUUCUCAGCAGAGUCCAUCAAGGAAAACAGCACAGUCUUCAGAUGCAACUAGACCACCUACACAAUCUGCCAUAUCAAGAACCCCACUGCCUCAUCCAUCAAACCCCAUAAAACCUGCAGCUGUAGAGCGAGGACAUGCUACCUCAUUACCCCAAGUACCAGAAGCUAAUACCAUUCAAGACAGGCCUGCCAAACAGUUAUCACAACCUGUUACAGAUAGACAACAAGGACAACACUUAACUCCAUCAAAGCAACCAACAUAUUCACAACAGGGGUUUAGUACAUCACAACAGCCAUCUGAGACUGAUAAAAAACUUGUGCAGGAACCUAACAAACAACCCAAACCACCCCAAAGUAAUGCCAAAACUAAUGUGGAGCAAGCUGUAAAACCAACACCCCAACAGCAACGUCUACCCAUGAAGCAACCUUCAGAACGCCCAGGGCCACCAAUGCAGCAAGGUCCAGCAAUGCAGCCAAUAAAACAACACUUUCAGGCUACACCUACAACAAAGGUAAAACAAACAGGACAAAAAAUGGUUCCAGCACAGCCAACUUUAAGCAAGGAACCAACACAACAGCAUCCACAUCAAUUAACUGAUACAAAGGAAGGGUCUAAAAAACAAAGUGGGGCUGCACCAAAACUACCUAUACCCAAGAAUAUAUGCCCUCUUUGUAAAUCCACUGAACUUUUGCUGGGCACAAAGGAAAAUGUAAAUUAUAAUACCUGCACUCAAUGUCAAACUACUGUAUGCAGCUUGUGUGGCUUUAAUCCCAAUCCACAUAUAACUGAGAUAGAGUGGCUUUGUUUAAACUGUCAGAUGAAGCGAGCACUUGCCAUGGAUGCAACUCCAGUUCCAGCACCACCAACACAACAACCAAUAAAACAAAUGCCUAUGCCUGCAUCACCACAAAAAAAAUCAGUAUCUGAGCCAACUACCUUGCAAAAAAAGGAAGUUGUGCCUGUGCCAAAUGAGACUGUGACACAGUCAACUAAAAAGCCACCAUUAAUAACAAAACAACUCUCUGUUACAGAAUCACCAACUUUACCCUUAAAUAAACCACCAGGUGAACCAAAAGGAAAAGUUAUUUCAAAAACAAUGUCAGACAAAACAGAGACUUUAGUAAGUAAAAAGAAACAGCAGGUAGAAUCAAAGGAGCCAGACCCUGGUAAAACCUCUCUUAAGGAAAAGUCAGAUUCUUUGUCAACAAAAACCCCUGUAUCAACAGAGCAUAAAGAUGUGGAUUCUAAAAUAGUUGCUAUAGCCAAGCCAGUUAUGGAUAUACACCCUACUGAAGAAAAAACAAAAAAAAGUGAUAACUUGCCUAUAUAUCAUUCCGUUAAAGAAGACAAACCACAGAUGUUGCCAUCUUCAGAAUCUAAACCAAUGCAAAAAUCAGAAGCUUUGAAAACACAAGAAGUUCCUAAAAAGAGUCCAGCCAAGGUAAAUCCUAAACUUGAUGGAAAGCAAGUUCAGAAGGAGCCAGUAGUGGAGGUAAGCCCCAAACCAAGUCCAACACACAAACCUGUAAUUCCACAAACAAAGACACAACCUACAACACAACCACAGAAAUCGCAAGAUCAACAAAGGCGUUUUAGUCUUAAUCUGGGAAGUGUCACAGAAACCCCUAAACCACAGCCGACUACACCACAAGAUACUGUUACUGGGAAACUCUUUGGAUUUGGGGCAUCUAUUUUUAGCCAAGCUUCUAGUUUUAUGUCUACAGCAGCACAACCAGGUACUCAUCCACAACCUAGUCAAGCAUCAACUUCUAAACCACCUCCAUCCCAACAAGCACCCAAUAUUAAUAAAACAAGUAAAGAGAGUGUUCCUGCACCACAAUCACCAAAAAUUACAACGGUUACAAAAGAAACAAAACCAGUCCCAGCUGAAAAACCACGAGAACCAAGCAUCACAUUGUUAGCAAAAGAUAAAGAACAGACAAUUCUAAAACAAGCUGAUGCUAAGAUCCCUGAUGUUACAACAAAAAAAGAAGUUUUGGUGGAAAAGACUGAAAAAAUAUCUGGGCCAAAAAUAUUAUGCCCCAUAUGUCAGGCAGAAUUAAAUGUUGGCUGUAAAGAUCCUCCCAACUUUAAUGCCUGUACAGAAUGCAAGAAAACAGUGUGUAAUUUUUGUGGAUUUAACCCAACACCGCAUUUAACAGAGGUGAAUGAAUGGUUGUGUUUAAAAUGUCAAACACAGAGAGCAAUGGCUGGACAACUUGGAUAUAUGAAUAAUAUUCCAACUUCAUUAGAGACAUCACAGUCAUCGCAAAAACAUAUUCCAGCAAAGACUCAAGCAUUUAAAUCUGCAACAUUGCCCUUUACACCAACUGAAAAAAAGGAUGAUCAAACAAUAAAAAAAGAUGUUUUAAAAGAUGCAGACACCAAACCAAGUAAGUCUUCAACUGAACUCACUGAGCAAUUAAAAGUCAGAGAAGACAAUUUGCCAGUGGCUAAAGAUGUUUUAAAACCUGGGAUUGCAGCAGCUGUGGGAUUAUCUACUGGUGAAAGUGAACACAAUGACAGAGAUGUGACUGCAGUUAUACCAAAUGAAGAAAUGCAACAACAGAGUAUGGCUUCAGAAGGAAAGCCAAAACAAAAAAUAGAUUUGAUGAUUGAUCUAUCAGUAAAAACAGUGAAAGAAAUUGAGAAAAACACAUUUAAAGAGAAAAAAACUGAAAUUAUCCAAGUUACUGAUCGUGAAACUGGAAAAGAAAAGACUGAGAAGGAAGAUGACAAAUCAGAUACAUCAAGUUCUCAACAGCAAAAAAGUCCACAAGGUCUAAGUGACACUGGAUAUUCAUCUGAUGGCAUAUCUAGCUCACUUGGAGAAAUCCCAAGUCUUUUACCAAGUGAUGAAAAAGAGCUACCUAAGGAACCUUUGAAGAAAGAGUCUCUUUCACAUGAAAACAGUCCUUCAAGCCCAUCUGAUUUAGCUAAGUUGGAAAGUACAGUUCUUUCAAUUCUAGAGGCUCAAACAAGUGUGCUUACAGAUGAAAACUUAAGAAAAAACAAUGAAUUUUAUGGCAUUUAUCCUGGGCAAACACAGGACAGAGCUAAAACAAAAAUGUUAUCAAUAACACCAGAAUUCUAUAGUUCAGAAGAAGAUGAUCUUGAUGAUAUCCAAGAAGAAGAUGAUUCGAUUCUAGAAGGAAAUUGUGAAGGGGGAGUAUCUUUACGGAAAUGCCCUAAAGACAGUGUAAUUACACAUAGACGCCGUGAUUCUUUAGAUGAUAGCAGCGAAAGUGAGAAUUCACCAGUUCCACAAAGAAGAAGAGCUAGUAAUGAGUCAUCAAGCAGUGAUGAAUAUAAACAAGAAGACAGCCAAGGAUCUGGGGAUGAUGAAGAUUUUAUCCGUAAACAAAUCAUUGAAAUGAGUGCUGAUGAGGAUGCAUCUGGAUCUGAAGAUGAGGAAUUUAUUAAAGCAAAAUUAAAGGAAAUAAGUGUAGAGAGUCAAAAAAAAGAUGCUAAAGGAAAACCUACAAAUGCGAAAUGUAAGAGAUUAACUAAAAAAAGUAGCACGAGCUACGAUGAUGAUGGAAUAAAGCGUCAUUCCUGGCAUGAUGAUGAUGAAGAAGAUGAAGAAGCCUAUGAUAAAAGUCCUGAGCCAAAACACAGGGAAUCUAAAAGUCAAGAAAGUGAAGAGCUUGCAGUAAGUGGAGGAGGGGGGCUCAGGAGGUUUAAAACCAUAGAAUUAAAUAGCACAAUUUCUAAUACAUAUUCCACAGAAUCAAAUAAGCUCUCUUCAAGACUGUAUUAUGAUGAUGAGCCAGAAUUAGAAAUGGAGAGUUUAACUGAUUCUCCAGAGGAUCGUUCAAGGGAAGAACGAUCUUCUAGCAUCCAUGCUUCAAGCUUUACACCAGGGACAUCCCCUACUUCAGUGUCAUCACUAGAUGAAGAUAGUGAUAGCAGCCCAAGCCACAAAAAUAUGUCAGGAGAAAGCAAACAGCAGCGAAAAGCUAGACAUCGAUCUCAUGGACCGGUUUUGCCUACUAUAGAAGACUCUUCAGAAGAGGAAGAAUUAAGGGAAGAAGAAGAACUUUUAAAAGAGCAAGAGAAACAAAGAGAGUUAGAACAACAGCAACGAAAAGGUUCUAGUAAAAAAUCAAAGAAAGACAAAGAUGAAUUAAGAGCCCAACGAAGAAGGGAAAGACCAAAGACACCUCCAAGCAAUCUGUCACCAAUUGAAGAUGCCUCUCCAACAGAAGAGUUGCGCCAAGCAGCUGAAAUGGAAGAACUUCACAGAUCCUCAUGUUCUGAAUAUUCUCCUAGUAUUGAAUCAGAACCAGAGGGAUUUGAAAUAUGCCCAGAGAAAAUAAUAGAGGUUCAAAAAGUAUACAAAUUACCCACCUCUGUUUCCCUGUUUUCACCUACAGAUGUUUCUACAUUUGAUAUGCCAGAAGAUAAAAACUGUCACGAGAGUCUAAAAAGUGCUGAAGAAGCAUAUGAAGAGAUAAUAUGCAAAGCAAAGCUGUAUCAGAAUGACAAGGACAAAGAUGAUGCAUUUGAGAAAGAACCUCUAUAUGGUGGGAUGUUAAUUGAAGAUUAUAUUUAUGAAUCUUUGGUAGAAGAAAGUUAUAGUGAAAGUUUAGAUGCCAGUUUAAUAGCUGGUAAAGAAAAGGUUUUUGAACACAGAUUACGAGAGUUGCCUUCUCAUUCCAAAGAGGAUAUUGGAAUAGAUGCUAUUCCCAAAAGUACACAUUUAAAGAAUGAGUGCUUUACAGCAGAAUUGUUUAAUUCAGCUUUACCGCAAGAAGAUAUUGUUUCUAGUUCCUACAUUGUCCCAGAAAGCCAUGAGAUAGUAAAUUUGGAUAAUGCAGAAGAAAUACAACCCCAAGAUGACAAUUCUGGUAUUUUUGAGUAUAUUAAUUGUCAAAAUAUGCAGUUGACUCCAGGGCCAAGUCCGACUCAGGCUAAACUGGAAUUUGGAUUGAAAUCUGUUUCUGCACAUCUUAGUACUGAGGACAUAUGUAAAAGAGAAUACAUUUCUUCUAUACCUUCCUUAGAAUCAUCCUCUAUACUAGAUAACACAAUUUCUAUUCCAGAUGUUAAAAUUACUCAGCAUUUUACAGUAGAAGAAAUGGAUGAUGAUUUUACUGCUGGUAUCUGUGAACAAAAAGCACCAGCGCCUCAUGUUUCUGAAAAUACCGAGACAUUUGUCAAAGAUAAAUGUGAUGUCACUUCAGAUAUUGCUGUAGAAAAAAUCACACCAUUGGUGUGUAAAAAUGAUGACCAGCAGUCUAGCACAAAACAGCAUUCUAAACAAGAUAUAUACCAAGAUUCUAGCUUUUCAGUUGAUGGAAUGCAGAGAGAGAUUUUAUCUUCUCAAAAUGAAUCUUCCAUUUCCUCUGCUACAUCUGCUAUAAUGCAUUCUAAUACUAGCCACAUAAAUUCUAAUUCUGUUAUUGUGCUGAUAGAAAGACCUUGUCUUGUCACUGAAAAAGCCAGGGAUCAUGUUGUCAUUUCAGUGCCAGACAGUACCCAUAGCACAGAACGUGAUAAUGUACGCAGUGACCUAAAUCAAACAGGAAUAUUUCAAAGCACAGAGGAAACCUCAGACUUUGGAAAGUCUCUUACCAACAUUAAGGGAAAUGAACUUAGCAGCUCAGCAGGUCCUUCUUAUCAUUUAAGCAGUUAUGGCUUUAUUCCCUCAUCUGAAAAAUCUCCUAUGACAGCUGAGCCAGAUACUGUUACUUCUUUACCCAAAGUGACCUCUGCAAUAUCCUCAAUUCCAGUUGUCUCCACUAAAGUGAAAUCAUUCUUUAAAAGCACAUCUCUGGAUUCACCUGCCCCUUUGACUAAACCACCACCUCCACCUCCUCCCCCUUUGCCUCCACCUACUCCACCUAAACCAGAUAUAUAUUCAAAGAACAAAGCUGCACCAAAAGUCCCAUCAGCAACUAGAACUACUGAAAUAAGGUCCAGUGGAGAACUUGUAAAACUUAGUUCAGCCCCUGCAAUAAAACCCCAUGCUCCACCUGUUCCUCCCAAACCAUCUUUAAUUCCAUCAGGAUUGGUAUUUAGUCACAAGCCAAUGAAUGUCUCAAAGACUCCGAUAAUGACAAAAACACAUGUUUUUGACCAUCCAGUAAAUCUGCAAAAAUCUACUGAAGCACAACAAAAAACAAAAGCACAAUCUGUAUCCUCCCAAAUGACUUUAAAUUUAACAACCUCUACGGAAUUCAGACCACAAUCACCUACUUCUCCCUUGUCACCUCAUUUUAAUAAAUCAUCACCAAGGCUAACUAAACCAUCACAAGAGACUUAUGUUGUAAUCACAUUACCAUCUGAGCCAGGAACUCCAACAGACAGUGUCACGGCUCAGACAACUACUUGUUGGCCUCUACAAUCUCCACAAAAAGAAGACAUUCCACAAACAGUAGAUACUGUUUUCACUACAACCUCUCUAAAUGUAGCUGAAAAAGAAUAUACAUCUUUAGAAUCUCAUACUAUGUCCGCAUUGUUAACACACUUGACAGCAGCAGAAGCUACAAAAACUGUUUUCUCUAUACCUAAGACAACAAUGUCAGCUUUUGAUGCAAGUAACAUUUUAAGUGCCUUUCCAAAAGAAAGGAGUGCUCUAAACAACAUCCAGAUUACAGAACUUAUUAACAUAGUAGAUCUCCGAACUUUGAACAAUAAUGAUUUCACAUGUUCAGAGUUGGGAGCAGAUAUCUGCAUGGACUUGUCUGCAACUCCAGUUCAUGUAAAACAUCAGUCUACUUGUGGCAUUUCAAGUCGACAAAUAAGCGCAAUACAGCCUGCUAUUGUGAAUCUUAGCACUGCAUCACCUAUCAUUUCUUCAGUUUCACCAGUAACAGAAUCAGUCACUGUUGUGACAAGUUCAACAGCAGUGAGUUAUACAACAAGUUUAGAAAGUCUGGUUGAUUUAGGAAAUUCUAUAAAAGUCCCUUUAAAACUUACAACAUCUAGAGAUAUUGAAGAUGGAAGCUUUAUCUUUCCUGCAGAAGAAGAGGUGCCAAUUAACCUAUCACUUGGUACACCAGCAUAUUUAGUGGGAUGUGCAACAACAAAGCCAAUUUCUUUUUCUCCUGGUGGUAUAACCAAUGGAGGCAAUGAUAUAUCCACGUCUCAAGAAUCAGUAGACAGUGGUGUCGUUGAUCUAAGUACCUCUAAAACACACAGAACAAUAGUAACUAUGGAUGAAAUAACAUCAGAAAUUGUUACUGAAAUUGUAGAAGAUGAUAAGCCUGUUGAUUUAACUGCUGGGAGAAGGGCAGUGUGUUGUGAUCUUGUGUACCGACUACCUUUUGGAAGAAGCUGCACUUCACAGCAGCCUUCAACAAAUUUACCUGAAGAUCGAUUUGGUUAUAGAGAUGACCAUUAUCAGUAUGACCGCUCUGGCUAUUCAUCUAUUAGAGGAGGGGGAGGUAUGAAAUCUUCAAUGUCUGACACUAACUUGGCCGAAGCAGGAUUUUUCUUGUAUAAAAGCAAAAAUAGUUUUGAUUAUCCUAUUGGAUUAACUGAAGUUGCUGUAGACCUAACAUCUGGAAAAAUUACUACAGGUGAGGCUUUGGAUUACCAAACCAAGACAACAGGUGUUUAUCCAGAGACACGCCAAGUAAUAUCUGGGAUUGGAUUAAGUGCACCCCAGUAUUCACAAGCUAGAAUGACUAAUUCUGUAGUAACACCAUUUGGUAUAGGAAGUGUUUUAAGAUCAUCAAAUGGUAUUGUGUAUUCAUCUGUAGCAACCCCUAUUCCAUCUACCUUUGCAAUCACUACUCAACCAGGUUCAAUUUUCAGUACAACUGUAAGAGAUUUAUCAACUUGUAUUACUAGUGACACUGUGAGUUCAAUAACAACCCUAAAUCAGACUGAACCACUGCCAAGAUCAUAUAACAUGCUAGAUACUACUGCAGAAUAUGCAAACAGUGCAAUGACUAUUGUGGAAGCUAGUUUACAGACAUUUCCUGAGGAUGUUGCAGCAACCACUGAAGCUGACCUAAUUUCUAUUUUGACAACGGAUUCAGAAUCCUUUACUGAAAGGAUUGAAGAUGAUUCAGUAUUCAUAAUUCAACCUGAAGAUGGAAAUCAACAGCAACUGCAUUUGCAACGUGAACUUCUAGAGCUUGAAAAGCUCAAACAACAAAGAUUAUCUGAAGAGCUAGAGUGGGAACGUCAGGAGAUUCAGAGGUUUAAAGAGCAGGAAACGCUAAUGGUGCAAAAGAAACUGGAAGAACUGCAAUCUAUGAAACAGCACCUUCUCUUUCAACAAGAGGAAGAGAGGCAAGCUCAGUUUAUGAUGAGGCAGGAAACUAUGGCACAGCAACAGCUACAUCUUGAGCAAAUUCAGCAACUUCAACAUCAACUGCAUCAGCAGUUGGAGGAGCAAAAACUGCAACAGAUGUAUCAAUAUAAUUAUGACCCUACUGAAACAGUGACUCCUCAAACAACCUCUGACCAGGUCAUUAUGGAGGCACAAUAUUCAACAGCUGAAGAUGGACAGUUCUGGACAAGUGCACACUCGGCAGCAACAGCAGUGACAGGCAUUGAAAUUCCACCAAGCCAAACAUGGUAUGCUGUCCAAUCAGAUGGGGUUACCCAAUAUAUUUCUAAAGCUAGUGUUCUAAAUUCUGUCUCGGAAAUUUCUCUCAAAGAUAUCGACAUCAAAGAUGAGCGACAGCUAAAGAAAAGAGGCUCAGUGCCCAGGCUUUGUGGCAUGUAUGAUGACAUAGAUGUAAAUGGUCAAGAAGAGCCACGGUCAUAUAAAUUAAUAGUUGAUAGUGGAGUACAGACUGAUGAUGAAGAUGCAGCUGAAAAAGAAAAGACAGGCAGGAGAAGGAGAUCAAGAAAAGGUGUGGAUACAAGUGUUCAAACAGAUGAUGAGGAUCAAGAAGAAUGGGAAAUUACUACAAGAUCACGAAGAAGGUCACAUACAGGAAAAUAUGGUGAUGGUAAUACAGAUAUGGAAAAAGUUAGGCACUUUUCAAAAGUAUCCAGCAUAGCAGUUCAAACUGUUGCCGAAACUUCUGUACAAACUGAACCACUGGGAACGAUAAGAACUCCAUCUGCCAGAGCAAAGGUUGAUACAAAAGUUGAAAUAAUUAAGCAUAUUUCAGCCCCAGAAAAAAACUAUAAAGGAGAAAGUUUAGGAUGUCAGACAGAAACAGAUUCAAAUAUACAAAGUCCACAGUAUCCAAGCGAUAUGUCUCAUAAAGAUAAAAGACGUCCAACACCUUUAGAAAUUGGCUACUCUUCACAUCUUCGUGCAGACUCAUCCCUUCAAGUUGUACCUUCCCCUCCAAAAUCUCCCAAGGUUCUUUAUUCACCUGUUUCCCCUGUUUCACCUGGUAACGUCUUAGAAUCAGCUUUUGUUCCUUAUGAAAAGGCAGUAGUGGAUAAUAAUUCUCACAACCAGCUAAUUGAAGUUGUACAGGUUCCACCACAAAGUCCAAAAUCAGCUAAAGUUAUGCAACGUUCCAUGUCAGAUCCAAAACCUCUGAGCCCAACUGCAGAAGAUAUUGCAAGGACACAAUUCCAGUACUCAGAUGGAUACAUGACUAGAACUGUUGAAAGUGGUACCCAAAAGAAGGUUAAGAGAACUUUGCCUAAUCCUCCCCCGGAGGAAGCCAUUGGCAUUCAGUCUCCAUAUAGCACUGUAGGAUCCAUUUCUCGAAGAAGAAUUUGUAGAACCACAACAAUGGCUAGAGCUAAGAUUCUCCAUGAUAUAGAUAGGGAAUUGGAUCUUGUAGAAAGAGAAUCAUCAAAGUUACGCAAGAAGCAGGCAGAACUGGAUGAGGAAGAAAAAGAAAUUGAUGCAAAACUGAGAUAUUUGGAGAUGGGAAUCAACAGAAGAAAAGAAGCAUUACUGAAGGAACGAGAAAAAAGAGAAAGGGCUUAUCUGCAGGGUGUUGCAGAAGAACGGGAUUACAUGUCGGACAGUGAAGUUAGUAACGCAAGACCAACUAGAAUAGAAAGUCAUAUUGCAUUAGAAAGACCACAAACUGCUCCACAAACAGAUUUUAGUCAGUAUUUGCCACCACAAACUCAAUCUGAGACACAAUUUGCUCCCCCAACCAGUUAUACACAGUUCCAAUACCAAACCCCUUCUUUGAUUACUCAAGCUCCAACUCAGUAUACUCAGCAGUCUGUUUAUCAGCCACCUUUAUUCCAUCAACAGCCUUCAACAUAUCCGACUCAACCAAUGUCAUUUACACCUCAGAUUCAAUCUACACCAAGCCAGCAACCUUCGUAUCAACAUCCAUCACAUAUGUUACUAAUACCACAGAAUGCAAGACAAGCUGCUUUAGAGCUGGACGCUAAAAUUACAACACACUAUGAUGUUAUAAGAAAUCAACCUCUUAUAAUUGCACCUGUAUCUUCUGAUAGCAGCUACUCUGUGUCUCACCUUGGUAGCAAAUACAGCACUUUGGACUUGCGGUUAGGUCUAGACGAAAAAAGUAGCAUGGCAAGUAGUCCGAUGUCUAGUAUAUCUGCAGAUUCUUUUUAUGCUGAUUUAGAACAUCAUGCUUCUAGAAAUUAUGUUCUUAUUGAUGAUAUUGGUGAACUCACAAAAGAGCAUGGACCUCUAAAUUCUGCAUUUGUACUUCAUGAAAAAGAGCUAUCUAAAACAGACCGUCUGCUUCGAUCGGUCGAUUCACGAAGAACUGAAGUUACAGACUUCUUAGCACCUAUGUCAGGUUCUGCAAGGUUGCAUACGUAUGGAAAAACAGAUGAGGAUUCCAUGGAGGACCCCUAUGAGCUGAAACUUCUCAAACAUCAAAUAAAACAGGAAUUUCGUAGGGGUACAGAAAGUUUAGAUCCUCUUACUGGGUUUGCUCCUUAUUACCAGUCAGAUAGUCUUUACAGACAUUUUCCUAAGACAGAAAAAUAUAGUAUUAGCAGACUUACACUUGAAAAGCAAGCUGCUAAACAACUCCCACCUGCUAUUCUUUAUCAAAAACAGUCAAAACAUAAAAAAACACUAAUAGAUCCUAAAAUAUCCAAGUUUUCCCCAAUUCAGGAAAGUAGAGAUUUAGAACCUGACUAUUCAACAUAUCUGUCCUCUAGUACUUCGUCUAUUCCAAGUUUGUCAUCUAAGGUUAGAAUGCUUCAGGAUGAUAUCACAUAUGGUUUGAGAAAAAAUAUUACAGACCAACAGAAAUUUUUGGGUCCUGCACUAGCACAAAACCUUGGGACAACUCUGAGUCCAAAUUUGAGAACUUCAUUACAGGAUGAAGCUGAUAAACCCUAUGUAAGUGGUAGUAGAUCGAGGCCUUCUUCAAGACCCUCCUCAGUUUAUGGCCUUGAUUUAUCAAUAAAAAGGGACUUAUCAAGCUCUUCUUUAAGACUGAAGGCUAAUGAAGCAGAAACUGUAGAUGGAUCUUUUAGUCAUGUAGCACCAUCUGGUAGAACAAAACCAUCAAGUCUUCCUAUUAGUCAAAGUAGAGGGAGAAUACCAAUUGUUGCACAAAAUUCAGAGGAAGAAAGUCCACUGAGUCCAGUUGGCCAACCGAUGGGAAUGGCAAGAGCUGCAGCUGGUCCAUUGCCACCGAUAUCUGCAGAUACCAGGGACCAAUUUGGCUCAAGCCACUCCUUGCCUGAGGUACAGCAACACAUGAGAGAAGAAUCACGAACUUGUGGCUAUGAUCGAGAUAUAGCAUUUAUCAUGGAUGACUUUCAGCAUGCCAUGUCAGACAGUGAAGACAACUCCUUUACAAAUGCAUACCAUCUGCGCCAUGAAGAAACAGAUUGGUUUGACAAGCCACGAGAAUCACGUUUGGAAAAUGGGCAUGUAAUUGACAGAAGGCUACCAGACAAAUUAUCUCAUUCGAGAGCCUCACAUCAUCAGGAUCAUCUGAAUGGAAAACCUAUACAUUAUGCAUUUCCACACUCAAGAAUUAAACUGCAAAGAGAUCCAAAGGACCACACAGUUUCAGGUAAUGGUUUUGGAAUAAGGGUUGUUGGUGGAAAAGAAAUCCCUGGAAAUCCUGGAGGGACUGGUGCUUACAUAGCAAAGAUAUUACCUGGAGGAGAUGCUGAGCAUACAGGCCGACUUACUGAAGGAAUGCAGGUUUUAGAAUGGAAUGGUUUCUCACUGAACGGGAAGACAUAUGAAGAGGUUCAGAGUAUCAUUAGUCAGUCCUGUGGUGAGGCUGAAUUAUGUGUAAGACUGGAUUUUAAUAUGCUAUCAAAUUGUGAAACACCUCAAAAUUUGGAGCUGCAUGACACAGGAAAGGCAUUAGAGAAAACCAGAUCUCCUGGAGUGGAUCCCAAACAGCUGGCUGCAGAGCUUCAGAAGGUUUCACAGCAACAGACACCAUCUUUUGUAUCAUCUGCUAUGGAGAAGGGAUCUUACAUCCAUUCAGGAACAACCUCAGCAGCCUCAAGUGCAGUCCCUAGUCCUGGUCAACCAGGUUCUCCAUCAGUAAGCAAGAAAAGACACAACAGCAAGUCUACAGAAGCUAUAAAAACUCAUUCCCAUCCAAUAACUGGAGAGCUUCAGCUUCAAGUUAAUUAUGACAAGCAUGUGGGCAAUCUUAUCAUUCACAUACUUCAAGCAAGAAACCUUGCUCCCAGAGAUAAUAAUGGUUAUUCAGAUCCAUUUGUCAAAGUGUAUCUGCUUCCUGGAAGAGGCCAAGUCAUGGUUGUCCAGAAUGCCAGUGCUGAAUACAAAAGAAGAACAAAAUAUGUGCAGAAAAGCUUGAAUCCGGAGUGGAAUCAGACAGUGAUAUAUAAAAAUAUUUCCAUGGAGCAGCUAAAGAAGAAAACAUUAGAAGUUACUGUAUGGGACUAUGACAGAUUCUCUUCCAAUGAUUUCCUCGGUGAGGUAUUAAUAGAUUUAUCGAAUGCUUCAAAUCUGGACAACAUUCCACGCUGGUACUUUUUAAAGGAGCAAAGUGAAACCAUUGAUCAUGCAAAGCCCAAUUCUGGUCAGAGCAGUCACCAACCACCCAAACCAGCAGUCAUUAAGAGCAGAAGUCAUGGAAUCUUCCCAGAUCAAUCUAAAGAUAUGCAGGUCUCCACCAUAGAAAAAUCUCAUAGCAGUCCUGGUAGCUCCAAGUCUUCUUCUGAAGGACAUCUUCGCUCUCAUGGACCAUCACGUAGCCAAAGUAAAACAAGUGUCACUCAGACUCAUCUUGAAGAUGCUGGAGCAGCCAUCGCUGCUGCUGAAGCAGCUGUCCAACAGCUUCGUCUUCAACCAACCAAUGACAACAAAGACCAAAGCCAGCAUGCUCUCAAGAAGGUGGUGUCUGAUGGAUCCGUCAAGCCUGAAGCAAAGGCUACAAGUCACAGGCCUUCUGAACCCUCUGUAUCGACAACUUCAUCAGUCAGCAGUUUUGGUAGCGGAUACAGCGUGGAGAGUGAUGGAAGCAGCACAACAGGAGAUAGCAAUCAGUUUCCAGUCCCAAGAAUAGGAAAGAUUAACCAAAAUGGACAGGAUUUGGUAGCUCAACCAGCAAUGGGCCUCACUGAUGCAGAAGGCAAAACACAAGUGAUGGGUGAAAUAAAAAUUGCACUGAAAAAAGAAAUGAAGACAGAUGGUGAACAGUUAAUAGUGGAGAUCCUGCAAUGCCGGAACAUCACAUAUAAAUUUAAGUCCCCGGAUCAUCUACCAGAUCUCUAUGUUAAACUCUAUGUAAUAAAUAUAGCUUCACAAAAAAGAAUAAUAAAGAAAAAAACACGAGUUUGCAGGCAUGAUCGUGAGCCUUCAUUCAAUGAAACAUUCCGUUUUAGCAUGACUCCUGCAGGACACUCUCUUCAGAUUUUACUUGUGUCAAAUGGAGGGAAGUUUAUGAAAAAAACACUGAUCGGGGAAGCUUAUAUCUCGCUUGACAAGGUGGAUCUGAGAAAGAGGAUAGUUAAUUGGCACAAACUCUUAGUUAGCUCUGCUCCAGUACAUUGAAAGUGAUGGUUUAAGGGGACAUGAAGGUUUUUAGCUGAAAAUUAGAGAGGCUGAUUUUGAAACAAAAGAAGGGACAUUGUUCGGGUUUCAUAGAUCAAGCCAUUUAAACAUGGUUUUUAAAGGAAGAUGCAAGCAACCAUUUGAAAACAAUGCAAGAAUGAUAUUCAUGGAAGUACUGUAAUCUAAAAGAGGAGUGGUUCAUGAUAAAAGUACUCUAAAAUGUAACUGUACAGGUAUUUGGGCUUUCUUUAAAAAAAAGCACUAAAAAAAUAGAGAAUUUGUUUAAGCAAAAAUCACAAAUACUAGCAAAAAAAAAUCUCUUUGCACCCUACAUGCUUUCAUAUUUUUAUGCAGGGAAAACAUCAAAUUAAAUAAACUAAUGACUAAAAUAUCAAGUGUCAUUAUUAUUCCAAAAGUAAUGUCUUGCGUAAUUCACGGGUAAAGGAAAUAUACAGUGCCUGUCUUCUCUUCUCAUAGAUGAUGAUUAAAUUGUAAAACUUAAAAUUCUGUUGUGUAAAAAAAAAGAAACUAUUAUUAUGAAUGGCAAGAAUGGAUAUUUUCAUAGUUUAAAUUUGAGAUUCAUGAAUACUAUGAAGAGAUAGUAAUCAAAUAAUUAUAGCACUGAUAUGUUUAAGUAUAGUUAACAAUUAUUUUCAAUACAUGCUACUAAACAAGAUUGCAUUGCUAACCAAGGUUUUUCUGCUAAAUAGCAUUUUUUUAAAUAAAUGCAAAAUUAGUUACCAUGAUACAGAAAGUAGGGGCACAAUGCAAUUAGGGUAAAGAAUAAAAGUUCAGAAUUUGCUCUUACUAACUCAGGUAAAUGAUAGCAAUUGUGAGGAAGAUGGAAUUUCUGGCAAAAAUGACUGCUAGCAUUUUGUCUGAAGUCUUUUCUAGUGAAAGGAAGGUUAAUUGUCAAACAAGAGAACUGGUAUUCAUGUAAGAUCAGUUGUAUGUUUUUAUGUAUCUUUAUUUUAUUUUUACCUUUGCUGCUAUUGCAAAGGAUAUGUGUACUUU